UUUCACUUUCACACUCUGCUACAGUAAAAAGCCUGAUUUCCAGGAAUUACCCUGCUGGAUUUGGAACACCGAUGGGAACCCCCCCACCCACCGGAUGGCCAGGGCUGCAUAAAAAGGGGCUGGGAUGGGCUUCUCCCAGCCCGGGAGCUGCCGGGACCGGAGGGAGAAGGGUUUCGAGCCUUUCCUUCCUGCUGCUCUUCCUCCUGAGUGCUCAAGGGGUUCCCAUCUUCUUCUCCACACCCACCGUGUACCCCAGGCCUGCUGCUGUGCUGUUUCCCCUGAGCUGGGGCCCUCGGCUGCCCGUGUCGGCUGGGAAGCCAAGGCUGGGAGCAAUGGGAGCAUCUGCUGUGAGCCAUGGCUUCAUAAGAAGACACACAGGAAGGGGAUGCAAAGGCACAGCUCCUGGCAGAGGCAUUCCAGAAGGUAGAACUGGAUGCUAGAUACUGACUGCUGAAAGUGAUGUAGAUCCUGGGAAUCGAGUGCAGAGAAAUCCUGCAACAUCUGGAAUAUCUUCUGUUGACAGGUCUGACUGUGACAGCCGAAAGUAAAAAGCUGUCCCCUGAGCAGAAGAGGGAGCAUUUAGUUUUUGUGGAAGGUCACAGGAAAGGCUUGUUGUCACACUGAUAAAGAAUGUCCUCCAAAAGCACAGUGGAAACAAAGACUAGUGAGAGGCUGGAAGGGGACUUGGGCUCCUCGAUCAGUGGGUGCUUGAAUGACAAAGGGGAUGAACAGAGGAUGCAGAACAUACUCAGGGACCUGGAAGACACUUUUGCAACACCUAAGCCCACCAGUCAGUCCAAAUGCAAGUCAGACAGCAGCAAAUCCAAAAAAAUUGAAACCAUUGCAAACCAGGAGUUCCUCCAGUUGCUCAAGCGCCUUGGACUGGAAAGUCACUAUCCAAGAAAAAUGGGGAUGGGAGAUUUCCGCACCAUCUGCAAGACAUCUCUGCAGGACAGCCAGCCCAGCCAGGACACAGAACUGCCAUUUUACUUCUUGCAAAAGCUGUUAACUGUGGAUUACCAAGUGAGGUACCUGACUUGCUGGGAUGACAGCAACCCAAAACUUACAGGUCUUCCACAAGCCACAGCCAAAGAGAACCAACACUCAGACACCUUUGAAGAGUUUUUUGGUGAUUUGAAGGAAGCAGCCCCUGAAUGUGCAAGCAGGGACAGCCAUGUGCACCCCAUGGACCUGCAGAUGGCCAUUUUCCAUUGUGCUGAUGACUUCCUGAGACAGACCCUGGCAACCAAGCUGGCCUUCUGCCAACUGGCGCUGCCUCUGCUGGUGCCCAGCCCGAGCACUUCACUCAUCGAGUUCCCGCUCUACGCCCUCAGCCAAAUCCAAAGGAGCUGGAAAGAGGUGGACAAGUCAGGAAAGCAGGCCCAAACAAAGAGUUUCAACAACAAACUCAUCUUUCAGGCACAGACACCCAUCGUGUCCUUCAUCCGCAUUGGCAGCUCGGCCUCCUCUUCCAAGUCCCAGCUCUUGAACGCUCUGCUGAGCAAACGCAAACAUGACACUUUCUUCCACCGCCACUGCAAAGGCAGCACCAGAAAGCGUUUGCUGAUGGAAGGGCUGGUGGAGAUCGCCUGGUACUGCCCCCGUGGAAGUCCAGAUGACACCUUUGAGUGCUGUGUGGCUUUCUGUAACCUGCAUGGAGACGCCAGGGAUCACGGAGCACAGCUGCAGUUCCUGCAGGAGAUAUCUGCUGUCAACGUGGCUCUUGUAUCUGAGUUGGAGCACAUGGACAACAGGGGGAAAAAGCUGCUGCAGGACCUGUUGCAAUCACAAAGGCCUUUGGUUUGUCUUCUCACAGAAAUAGAGAAUGCUGCAGCUGGACAAGUCGGCAAAAACAUAAAAAUAGGGAUGAAGAACAGAAACGAAGCAGAACUGAUGGAGGAGCUGACCAAGACAAUUGGGAAUCUCCUGGAAGGUUCUAAUCCAUGUUUCAGCCUGGAGGCCUGCGUGGACAAAGCUCGCCAGCACAGAUUAGUUGUGGAUGCCGAUCAACCUGCAUGUGUGACAGCCAAAGCCAAGGCAAAGGAGCUGAUGGAGCUUCUGAAGAAAGAGAAGCUGUCUGAGAUCAAAUCCCGGCUGCUGCCGCUUCAAGGAAAACUGUGGUACCAGUGGUGCCAAAAGGACAAAGAACUCACUCACUUGCAAGAGAAGGGGAACAAGAGCAUCGAGCAUCAUCGCAGCGAUAUUGAAAAUGAGAAGAAAGCACUAAGAAGAAAGCAACUUGAGCAAGCUUUCCCUCUCAACCCACUGAUGAAAUCUUUCCUUGGCUUUCUUCAUGCCAAGCCAGCAGAUACCAAGAAAUACUUCCUGCAGUGGAUGAAGGUCUUUAUGGAUGAGCUGUCCUGUGGUCGCCUUGAAGAACUGAGGAGAGACUAUCACAAGUUAUGGUCAGAAACCCAGACAGGAAAGAAAAACCAGGAAAAAACCAAUAUGAACAGUAACAGUUUGAGUCGCUUGGAUGCCCUCUCUGAUGAAAUCAAUGAUUCAUCCAUUGGCCUGGAUCACGUCCUGAGAGAGGCAGGGCAGAUUUAUGAAGCUCUGCAAUUAAUGAACUCCAAGAAUGCCAAUUUUGACAAACUGCCAGAAAUUGCAGCAGAGCUGAUGGUUUCAGGGUACCCUGUGGAGCUGAUGGAUGGGGACGCUUCUUACCUGCCCUUGCGCUGGGUGGGAGCAAUCUUUGACAGCUUAAUUGAGAGGCUGGGGGACAAACGAGUGUUUGUGCUCUCUGUGCUCGGCAUCCAGAGCACAGGCAAGUCCACCCUGCUGAAUGCCAUGUUUGGUCUGCAGUUCAACGUCAGCGCAGGGAGAUGCACCCGUGGAGCCUUCAUGCAGCUGAUCCCAGUGGGAGAGGAGCUGCAGCAAGACUUGGGCUUUGAUUUUGUGCUGGUGGUUGACACAGAGGGACUUCGAGCCAUCGUGAUGGCCAAUAAACAGUCUCUGAAGCAUGACAAUGAGCUGGCCACCUUUGUCAUUGGUGUUGGCAACUUGACUGCGAUCAAUAUCUUUGGAGAAAAUCCAUCAGAAAUGCAGGAUGUUCUCCAGAUUGCUGUGCAGGCUUUCCUGAGGAUGAAGCAAGUCAAUCUUUCCCCAAGCUGCCUCUUUGUCCACCAAAACGUGGGAGAAGCAGCUGCCAAGGAGCAGAACAUGGAAGGACAAAGGAGUUUGCAGGAAAAGCUGGAUGAAAUGACCGUGGUAGCUGCUCAGCAGGAAUUCUGUGACAUCUCCUCCUUCAGCGAUGUCAUUGGCUUUGAUGUGAACACCCACAUUCACUACUUUGCUCACCUGUGGGAAGGAAACCCCCCAAUGGCACCACCCAACCCCAAGUACAGCCAGAACGUCCAGCAACUGAAGAGCCAAAUCCUCCAGGCUGCCAAGAAGCAGUCACAGUGCAGCAUUUUGAGGCUCUCGAGCCUCAAAGAUCGUAUUGGUGACCUCUGGAAUGCUUUGCUGAAUGAAAACUUUGUUUUCAGUUUCAAGAAUUCCCUGGAGAUUGCUGUGUACAGGAAACUGGAAAGUGCCUUCAGUCAGUGGACCUGGAAGCUGAGGAGUCACAUCUUAGAUGUACAGAUGAGACUGGACAACAAAAUUCGGAAUGGGGACUGGCAGAAUGUCACCAGAGAACACCUUGAAGGGCUGGUGCAAGAGACAAGUGAUGCCAUUGAGAAAGAAGUGGAAAAGUAUUUCAGGGAAGACAAAGACUGUGAGACACUGGUCCAGUGGAAAUCAAGCACAGAGCUGAAGCUGAAAGACCUAAAAGAGACUCUUCUUCUUGAAACAAAAAAGAAAUGUGAGAAUCUCAUUGAGCUCCAGAAGGAGCAGAGGAAACUGGAUGCAAGGAAGUUGGACUAUGAAGAUGAGCUGCUGAGAAGGAGUCGGGAGCUGGCUGUGAGUCUGAAAGGGAAGAGCCUCAGUGAGAGAGAACUGGAGAAGAACUUUAUUCUUGUCUGGAAUGAGUGGAUGGCUGAAGUCUCCUGUGCUGCUCGUUAUCCAGAAUGGGUGGAUAUUGAUGCAGAAAUUGAAGAUGUCCUUGUGGAGCAGUUUAAGGAGCCAGGUUUCCCUGCACGGCUGAGAUCAUUUCCCAGAGGCAGAGGGUUUUCUUUUGAUCCAGAGAAACACAUCAUGAAGAAAAAGUAUUUAGGCUAUUUCCCAGGUUUCAGGAGCCUUUCCAAUGCUGAUAUGAUCAAGUUUCAGCACGUCACAGACAACAUCAUAGCGUGUGUGAAGUCAAACAUUGCUAAGAAGGAAGAGGAGAAAUGGGAUUACAGUAGAAAUUUUAUCCAUGAAAUACUCAAUGAAGUACAGAAAGGUGUGAACUCUGUCCCCAGCAAUGCACCCUGUAGUUUUAACAGAGAUUACAGCAUAGAUUUGUCUCUGUAUCUGUGCAGAAUGGCAGCAGAAAGGUUUAAAGUCAUGCACGAAGCAUUCCAAAAGGCAAAUGACCCAGUUGUGUACCUGAGCAGCAAGAGAGAAGAUUUCUUCCAAUGUUUCCAGAUUUCCUGCCAAGGAGCCACUUCUGUCACAACUUUUGCUGCUUUCCUUUGUAACAAGAUUCAACCAGCUCUUAGCCGUGCAGUCUAUGAGAGGACAGCUAAAGCCAUCGCUGAGGACAUGCAGGGCAAAUUCCCAGAUUUCAGGGGCAGCAGAGCCAAUCUGGAAGUUUGCAUCCUGAGAUACCUGGCAGAACAGGAAAAUUUUGAGUAUUUCAAAUCUUACCUUAAGUAUCCAGUGGUUUUUUUUCAGAAAUACAGCGGAAUACAAGUUCAGAGUUACUGUGUAGAUGGAAGUAGGAGGCUGGAGAAGUUGUUGGAUUCCUCCCUAAAUCUUCUCUAUCAAAACCUCCUGUCAGCUGUUUCUUCAUCAGCUCAAAUUGUCAAAGACAGAGAAGAAAGAGAAGACAAAGUUUCUCUUUGGCUGGAUGAAUUUUUCAGGCAACUGACAGAGGUGAUCAACUUGCCCAGAAGUGACCUGAAGGGCAUCGAGCACCAGGAGGUCACAGACAUUGAGUUCCUGAGCAGGGCCAUGGCAGAAGCUCUGGAUAACCUGAGGGACAAGCUCAUGAAAGAAUUUCCUGAUGCUGACCUGAGCUCGUUUUCAAGGCAGCCUCACACCAUCCUGGCAGAGCAUUUUGCAGGGUGCUGGGAGCAGUGUCCCUUUUGUGGGGCUGUCUGUACAAACACCAUGUGGAAUCAUGAUGGAGACCAUCAAGUGGUCUACCAUCGACCACGAGCUUUGAUGGGAACCACGUGGCAUGGCACAAACAACCUGGUCAUUGAUAUUUGUUCCAGCCUUGUUACAAGUAAUCUCAAAUUCAGGUUUGAUAACAACAAAUGGAUCCCUUACAAGAGAUACCGGGAUGCUGGACCUCCUGCUUCCACUUGGAAAAUUCUUCCUGAUUCAUCCAUGCAGGCAUACUGGAAAUGGUUUGUGUCUCGUUUCAGGACACAGCUGGAAGCUCUGUACAAUGGGAAAUUUCAGGGCAAAGGAGAAAUCCCUGAGGCGUGGGGGAGAAUUACCAAGCAGGAAGCACUGUCUGAUCUGGAGAAGCGUUAGGCUACAUACCUGAGAAGAAAGAAGCACAACGGCUUUGCAGUUUAGAAGAACUUACUUCAAUGCUCUCCACAAAAUGCAGUUACAAUGAUGAUACUCUCAAACUAUGUGUAGACAUGGUAUCUAAUUUUUUCCCAAAUUUGGUGAAAUAAGGGCACAUUACUGUGGCCUUUGAUCAACAACUUCUCACUUCAUGUAAAGCCAGAAUCCUCUUGCCUUCUUGCCAUAAACAUUUCCCUCUUCUUUGUCCUAGAGCCAAACCAAAUCCCACAGCCCUUGGAUCAGCUGCUGUGAGACAAGAAGGGACAGUGCCCCAAAGGCAGUUUUCCCACAGCAAGGAGCUGUCCUGCUCAGAGAGAGGCCUGCGGGACCUGAGGCCAUCUGCACGCUGGCUGCAAGCUGGGCUGCUUGGUUUUUUGGGUGUCAUCCUUCCUUCCCUCACUGCAGCCUCCUGGAUCAAAUCAGGCUGUUCUCCCAGGAGGCACUGUUUUGCCUGUGGGCUCAGGAAAGCAGUGACACGACUGCCCUGGGGCACAGGCAGUGCUUUCACUGCCUGUCUCAGAGGUGCUGUGUCUCUGUCCAGCCCAGCCGCUCCUGCUCAGGUGCCUGGGGCUGCUGCCCUUCCCUCCAGCCCUCAGCCGCAGCAGGAGUUGCUCCUGCCCUUGGCCUCUCUGCUGAGCAAAAUCCUUUGGAAUGCCCGAUGUGGAGAAUCCUGUCUGCCAGCGCCUUCUGCAGUGUGUAAAAAAUGGUUCACUCUUCUGGUAACACUUAAGAGUUUAAUAAAGGACUAUAGGAAACAAAGACAAUAAAGCAACGAUUUACGGCUGGGUGGGUCUUGGCACUCAGCCAAGGGCACACCUGCUAUUUUGGAAACACCCUUUAUAUACUAUUUCUAUUGCAUCAGCCUCUUGCAUAUUUAAACUUUUCCCCAAACCAGUUUACAUGUUCCAAGAAGUUUUCAGCAUGGCUCCUCCAUGGGUUCAUCUUUUUAGAACAUGCAUAUUUCUUGGUUGUGCUUUUAGUCCAUUUUUACAACCACCUCUAGUUCUUGGGCUUUGGUCCACACUGUCUUCAGACAGUGAGUGCUGAUAGUUGGCAUAUCCGUAGCAGGUCUUCGUCAUAUGUUCCUUGGAUAUUAUCCCAACCUAGCAGACAUUUCACCAGCCAUUUCUUUUAGUUAACAACAAAAAUAAAAACUAUAUCCUUAUAGCAAAGUUGCUUUAACAUCCUACAUAUAGAAUUCAUUUUAAUAUUUGCAAAAAUCCAAUAUUAUCUAUAACAUGCAUUAGCCCUUGGGGCAGUGCUGGUGCUGUCCAGGCAGGCUGGUGGCACUGGAGCUGUGCUCUGGAGAAGGUGGCACCAGCUGGCUGUGUCCCAGGGAGCUGUGGGGGCUUUUGCUGUGCAGGUGCUGCAACCCAUCUAGCAAUGGGAGGGCCAAGCCCUUCUGGAGAGCUGCUGAAGGGCUGCUUCAGCCUCAUCCCCUGCAGGCUCUGCUAAUAACAGAGUUGAUUUGGACUGGUUUGUGUCUCCUUUGUGUUCACGGGAGCCACAGCUGAGGGUGACUCGAGCUCUCUGUGCUGCAGACAGGCAGGGGACAGGGGGUGGCACUGGUGGAGGGGGUGUGGCAGCAGAGGCUCUGCUCCAUUCAGGGUGUGUGCUCCAGGAGCAGCUUCACUGUCUGCAGGGACAGCAGAGAGGGCAGGAAGCCCCAAGCCACAACACCCAGGGAAACCAAUGUCAGUGGCAGGUGCCAAGGGAGGCAGGGCUGGGAACCAAGCCUGGCCUGUCACACACACAGAGGGCUGAGAAGGUUGAUCCCAGUGAGGUUCUCUGCUCUGGAGCUGCUCAGCUGGGAACCUGCCGGACAAGAGAGGAACGGGCCCAAACUCUGCCAAGCCCAACCCUGGCCAAGCAGACCCAGAGCCAGUGAGAGGAGCCAGAGCUGGGCCGUGUGAGCCUGUGCUGCAUGGGCUGAGUGCCAGGGACUGGGGACACCUGGGCUGGGAGGGGAUUUGGGCCGGCUCCUGGAGCCAGACAGGGAGUGGAGGUGCCCCUGGCCAUGAUGUCACCUCCUGGGCUGCGUGGAGAAUGUCCAAGUGCAGCUACUGCAGUGAGUGGGGGGGCCCGUGCCACAAGGGAGGCAGUGGAAAGGACCCAGUGCAGCAAGGGAGGGUGGCCUCAGGCCUGGGCUGGAGUAUCAGGAGGGUGCAGGGUCUCUCACCUGUGCCAGCUGUCCCAGCUCCCUCUCCAUUUCAGCCAGACUGUUCUCUGCACCUUUCCCUGUCUCUGCCAGGACCACUCGGCCAAAGUCUGGCACGUCCUUCCUUGCAGGCCCUGCUGUGGGGAGGAGCAGAAACAGCCUAAAGGUCUUUUCCAAUCUCUACAAUUCUUGGAUGUGGUGCCUUCCAGUGACACCAGGAUGCAGUGGGAUAUCCUGGUUUAGGGUAAAUUUGGGGGAAAAUGUCCAAAGUGGGCCCCUCCAGAAAGUAAGCCCACACAGCCCCUCCCCCCAGUCAGUUUGCGAAUGACUUCCUUGGAGAGAAGUAGAAAGGACCUGUUUAUUUAACAGGCAAGCACUCCUGUCCUGGUUUAGGGUAAAUUUGGGAGAAAGCCUCCAAAAGGGGCCCUUCCAGAAAGCAAACCCACACGGCCCCUACCCCCCAACUGGUUCGGGACGAAUUCCCUCAGAGAGAAGUAGAAAAAAUCCUGUUUUUUUAACAGGCAAAGCACUCCUCAGCACACAAAAUGAACAAUACCAGAUGACAGAACUCAUUCGCUGUUCUGAAGAGAUGACAAAUUUCAGAAGUCUCUCCAGUGGGUGGUCGCUCUUUGAAAGGUUGCAGAGUAGGCACUGGCAGGCUGCAAAGUACAGGGUCUCGGUGCUCCCUGGGUCCUAGUCUGGAGCGGGUUCAAAUGGUUCCAAGAGAAGGGGAAGAAAAACAGUACAGGGAAAACUUGGACUGCCUCAGCUAGCUAAUCUAACUAACUAACUAACUAAAAAGCAAAAGGAGUGUGUUUUUCUGCCCCGUCCCUGCCCAGACAUCAACAGUCCAGAUGAAUGCGGAGGAGUGAGUGAGGCUGAUAACAAAAAUUUUGUGCUUCUUCUCCAUGCCUUCACUCUCAGCCAGUCUUGAAGGCACAGAAUAGAAUAUCUAGCAUAAACAGAACACACAAUUGAGACAGAGUAGAAAUUUUACAGAGGAGAAAUCCAUCGUGAUUUAGGUGAAAUGCACAUCUUUGAGUUAAGUCUGAAUUUUGAAAACAUAGCUGUUUAGUCUGACUGCCUGUUCUCGUAAAAAGCCUAGGCUCAGAGAAACUGCUUCAGUUGAAGGACAGAGAUAAGGGGAGGAGACAGGCAGAGAGACUGUGAGAGCAGAUCAACCUGACCUAGGAAUUCUUUCUGAUGAAGAAGAAUUAGUGGAAUGUCAAGCAAAUUUGUAAAAAUGAAUAUGUAUGAACCUAUUGUGAAAUUGCAUGCAUAUGUGUUUGAGAGGGAGAUGAAGAAGGAUCUGGAGUUCUCAGAGGUGCACAUGUCUUUUAAGGAGAGUAAUCUCCAUAUACGUCCAGCACUGUAAUAAACAUACUGCCUUUACAACUUUCAUAAA